UCAAUCACUGGCGUCAGACGGACGCCACCAACUCAAACCGCUUCACCUUCUCCCGAACAACGUCAACGUAUUGAUUGGAGAGGGGGAGAGAGAGGGAGAGAGAGAGAGAAGGGGCAAGCGAGGCGGCACCGAGCAAUUUAUUGGAGUUUUAAUUUGAAAGGGCCUCGCGGGGCUUUAAGAAUAUCCAUUUUUUUUUCUUUUCCUUUUUUUUUUUUUGCCAUGUCACUUUGAGGGUCCGACGGAUUUUUUUCUUCUCGCGCAUUCAGGACGACUGGGAGUUAAAAAAAAAAACCACAAAUACUUUGCCUCUAUUAUAUGCGGCGGCUGGUGAACGCAGACCCGCGCAUGACCUUCAUGUUUUAACAUUUGCUACAUUUACCGGAUACGAGAGUAUUUGAGACAUUCGCACGCGGUCCGCGACAACUUCGACUCUUUUUUUUCUCUUCCUUUUUUCUCCCCUUUUUCUUUGAAUGCGUUGCAAAUAUGAUGUCACCGACGCCACUUUUUCCUGAAGUUAUGGCGGAGCCCAACUUUUCUAACUUCUCUUGACCAUUGAGUGCACUCGGCUUUACUAAUGGAGCACCUCCAGGGAGCGUGGAAGACCCUGAGCAACGGCUUCGGAAUGAAGGACUCCGCGUUCGAGGGCCCGUGCCUCUCGCCGACCUUGGUCCAGGGCUUUUCUUGCCAGCGUCGCUCCUCGGAUGACAGCAAGAUAACCGACUCCAAGACGAGCGGCACUAUCCGCGUCUACCUCCCGAACCAGCAGCGCACUGUGGUCAACGUACGACCAGGUAUGACUCUGCACAGCUGCCUGAUUAAAGCGUUAAAGGUGAGAGGCCUGCAGCCUCAGUGCUGCGCCGUCUUCCGGCUGCAUCCAGGACAGAGGAGUAAAAAAUCGCGGUUGGAUUGGAACACUGACUCCACCUCCCUGAUUGGAGAGGAGCUCCUGGUGGAGGUUUUAGAUCACGUUCCCUUGACGACGCAUAAUUUUGUCCGGAAGACGUAUCUGAAACUGGCGUUCUGCGAUAUUUGCCAGAAGUUUCUCUUGAACGGUUUCCGUUGCCAAACGUGCGGCUACAAGUUCCACGAGCAUUGCAGCACCAAAGUGCCCACCAUGUGUGUGGACUGGAGCAAUAUCCGACAACUCCUGUUGUGUCCCACGCCCGGCGAUAUCGGCGCCCCGUCGCUGCCCCCGCUGUCGUCCCGGCGAAUGAGAGAAUCCCUAACGCGAUUUCCAAGCUCGGCCCACCGGUACUCCACCCCUCAUGCCUUCAACUACGCCGCGCCGUACACGCCCACGGGCGGCUGGCUCUCCCAGAGGCAGCGCUCCACCUCCACGCCCAACGUGCACAUGGUUAGCACCACCAUGCCCGUCGACUGCAGCAUGAUCGAGCUCGACUGCCUGAAUGCCUCCUCCCCCGGCUCCUGGUGCCACCGAUUCUGGCUGAAGAGGAAAGAUGCAAUGCGUGAUCACGACUCGGGGGGGAGUUCCCCCAGCCAGAGCCCGACAGGCUGGUCCCAGUCCAAAGCGCCUCCACCUGCCCAGCGAGAGAGGGCCCCGUCCUUCAACGCUCACGAGAAAAAUAGAAUUAGGCCUCGGGACAAGCGGGACUCCAGCUACUACUGGGAGAUCGAGGCCAGCGAGGUGUAUCUGAACUCCCGCAUCGGCUCGGGCUCAUUUGGGACUGUGUACAAAGGGAAAUGGCACGGUGACGUAGCGGUGAAGAUUUUAAAGGUGACCGACCCCACACCGGAGCAGUUUAAGGCAUUCAGGAAUGAAGUGGCAGUGUUGAGGAAGACGCGACACGUCAACAUCCUGUUGUUCAUGGGCUACAUGACGAAGGACAACCUGGCCAUCGUGACCCAGUGGUGCGAGGGCAGCAGCCUCUACCAGCACAUCCACGUCCUGGAGACCAACUUCAAGAUCAUCCAGCUCAUCGACAUCGCCAGGCAGACGGCGCAGGGCAUGGACUAUCUGCAUGCUAAGAACAUCAUUCACCGCGACAUGAAGUCCAACAACAUCUUCUUGCACGAAGGGCUAACGGUGAAAAUCGGGGACUUUGGUCUGGCGACGGUGAAGGCCAGGUGGAGCGGCUCGCAUCAGGUGGAGCAGCCUUCCGGAUCCAUCCUCUGGAUGGCUCCCGAGGUCAUCCGGAUGCAGGAUAACAACCCCUACAGCUUCCAGUCCGACGUCUAUUCCUACGGAAUCGUUCUCUUCGAGCUCAUGACGGGAGAGCUGCCGUACUCCCUGAUAGCGACCAGAGAUCAGAUUAUCUUCAUGGUGGGAAGAGGCUAUUUGUCCCCGGACCUCAGCAAGCUCUAUAAAAACUGCCCCAAAGCCAUGAAACGGUUGGUGGUCGACUGCAUCAAGAAGUCCAAAGACGAGCGGCCCCUCUUCCCUCAGAUCUUGUCCUCCAUUGAGCUUCUGCAGCACGCGCUGCCCAAGAUAAACCGCAGUGCCUCCGAACCGUCGCUGCACAGAGCCUCUCACACGGAGGAUAUCAAUAUCUGCACUCUGACCUCCUCCAGACUGCCGGUUUUCUAGAGUCGGUCGGCUCCUCCUCCUCCUCCCCCCGUUUCCCCUCCUCCUCUUGAAAUAUCCCAAAUAGUCCAAACGCUCAGGACGCCUCAAAUUUCUUUCCAUACAAGAUGAUGCAAAUGUAGACGUAAACCAUGUACACCCGAUCACGCUUAAACCCGCGCUAAUCAAUAAGAAUACGUGAGGAUGUAACUUUUUUUUUUGGAAGGAAGUGGGACGAACACGGGGAAGAGGCCGGCUUUAAGACACGCAGAGGCGGAGCCUCGCUUAACGCUGCACGUAUUAAGAAGUAUGCAGCGGCAGCAACGCGUCGGGUAAAAAGUUGUAAAUAGACGCUCGCACACCGACCCGAAGACGCCGGCGGCGAGGGAACGGACACUGAAGGAAGCUCGAGAGGAAGACGGACGCGCGUCUCUCUCGGUUCGGGUUCUGUGACGUGAAGCACGCCCUCUUUUCAUCCGGCCGUCCUGGGUUCUGAUGAAGAGGACCUUUUUUUUCUUCUUUUCUUUUAUGCUUAUAUGCCUUAAGAGGAAACAAAGCCUGGUCUAAGAUCCCGCACAGCUCUCCUCCUCCUCACAAACAAAGCCGUUGGAUGUAGUCCAUUUAGUUGCACAGUAGUAGUUGAUGUUUGCAUUGUCUCGAAGGAUGAUGGUAAAUAUGGGAAGUUGUUGUCUUUUUUCUUCUUUUUUUUCCUUAAUUGUAUUUUUUUGGGGGGGGGGGUCAUAUUGGACAGGGAGCAUACAAAUAAUUGAAUUUGCCUAUUUGUUGUUUUUUUAGCAAAAGCAAUGGUAAUGUUUCCACAGUCUCCACGCCGUGGCUCUGUAGCUCCGUUCCUAUUGGUCCUCGUCACGAGCUGGGACUUUACACCGGUGGUCUUAAAUGUUUAAAAUGAUUUGGAAAACUAAUUAGUAUUCGUCGUCGAUUCGAUGUCUCUUUCAGGAGGUUAAACAUGCUUUUGUGUACUUUGGUGAGAGUUGUCCAUUCAAUAUUUUAAUAAAAUUAAGUUAAAUUCU